UGAGCGGAUUGUAGAAUUAACUGCAAUGAUCCACUCGUAUAUUUGUAUGCUUGCACUUUUCUAUCCAUUGAAAACGAAUAGAAUUUUCGAAAACAGUUACCAUAAACCGUGUACGGUAUUUGGAGUUUGGAUUAGAUUGAAUUAAUUGCAAAGCACGCAGCUCGUAAUCUAUCUUGGUGCCUUAUAUACUAAUCUAUGAUCGUUUUCUUUCAAUCGGUGAUGAACUACGUUAUAUUGUUAUAUUGAAAUUCUUAUUAGCUGUAUACACAUAGGGAUAAUGUAAUAUUGCAUUCUUCGCAAUUUGUUUGUUGAUAAGGCGUCGUGUCACGACUACAUGCAAUCAGUAAUUAUUCGCGAUAAAAACUAGUUCUGAUACUCGAUCUUCAUCGUAAAAUGUGACAUUUUCAGAAAUGGUAUUAUUAAAAUAAUGAAUUCUGAGAACGAAAUUACUGUAGAUGUAUUGAAGAGACGGUUCGAAUCAUUUCAAAAUUCAAUAAAACCGGCAGUACACGAGUUGGAAGACCAACGGCAUGAAAAAAAUCUGAACAAAAGAAAUAUUAAGAGGACCCCUGCUUUUCGGAGAGAUAUAAACAUUUCAAAAAAAUUUGUGGAUCAUAAUUCAAAGGCUGUGGCGGUAAAUAAUGUAAAAAUAUUUAAUAAUAGUAAUUCAAGCUCUAGCAAAUAUAAUCAAAUCUCAGAAAUUGAUUCUCAUAGUUAUAAGACUGAAAACCUAAAUUAUAAAUUACACUUGCCUCGAUUUGUAAAAGAUGAUAAUAAUCAGUUGUUAAUUGAUCAAAAAGUUCUUUUACAAAGUUUGAAAAAAAAACUAAAAAAUAAUAACACUAUUGAUAGUAAACCAAAAAUUCUAAAAAAAAAUAUUGAACAUACACUGAAUACACCUUUACCAGUUGGCCCACCUCCUAAAAAGCCUCCAAGAACAUUUACUCAUGAUAAGCAAACUGAUCCAGACCUUCCAGGCAUGAUGGAGUCUUAUAAAAAUUCUAAAUCUGAUCCAAAAUUGUUGUUGAAAAAAUUAGAAAAAUUUGUAGAAAAAAAUGCUCAUACAUAUGGAACAAAAGAUGAAAAAUCUGUUGAACACAAUUAUAAUUCAAAUAAAAAUUCUAAAAUUUCUAAUUUAUUUAAUCUGGCAAAAUCUUUAAAAAGUUUGGAAAACCCGAAAGUGUAUGAUAGUUCAUUAAAUAUAUACCAUACAGAUGAACAGAAUUAUUUAACAAUAAAAUCCUGUAAUGAAAAUGAUACCGAACAUAUUUAUGAUGAACCAGUAUUUGUAACACCAAACUCAAGGCUAAAUAAUUAUGGUGUUGAUAAUUGCAAAUCACUUAUUGGUGAUGCACGGGUCUGUGAUCCUGAUAAAAGUAAUCUACAUUAUGCGUCUUCACUAAUUAAAGUUCAUAAUUCUGAAAAGAAUUUGGAAGAAUGUAAUUCAUUUUUGAAAACCAACUCUUUAGAUGUAUUGGAUUCAAGAUCAAACAAUAAUAAUAUGACUAUUAGCGAUAAGAGAAAAAUUCAAAUGUUAAUGAAUGAAGCAUAUGGUACAUUUAUUAAAACUCGAGAAGAAAGUGAUUCUGAAUCUAUUUCUAAUAAUGAAGAUAAUUCUAAUGGAUUAAUAAAUAAUUUAGUUGAAAAGAAUAUUCAUGAACAGACAUUGGAGCGUAAGGGGUAUUUACGUCGAGUAGUUAAAAAAGUAAAACCUUCAUCUUCAUCAGCUAUUAUUCAAGAUAAAAAUCAUCUUUUUCAAGCUCUUUUAUUAAUUGGACUAGACUUAAGUUCUACUAAAGAAAAAUUGCCUUACAUAAAAUUUAAAUAUCCUGAACAAGCUGAGAUUCCUGAACAAAUUGAAAAUUUAUGUUUUCCUGAUGCACAUGUUUGGCCAUUUACUGCAGAUGAUUGUCGAACUUAUUCAUUGACAGUUACUGAUGAGAAUGGUAGACGAUACUAUGGUUAUUGUUAUAGAGUGCAACCAGAAGGUGCUGCAUAUUGUUUACCAUUGGUAUAUUGUUUAUAUUCUUCAAUAAAAGCUAACAGUUUUUACUUUAAGGUGUUACAAGAAAUUGAAGCAAGACAUGGUUUAUCAGAAUUUGAUAUGAAAAAAUUUAUAGGGUUAUUAUAUGAUACACCUUUUCCAGAUGUUAGUUCUUCUAUUUAUAUACCACAAGAAUCUGCAAGUUCCAGUACUGCACUUUCCUCACAUGAAGGAGUUAUUCGAAUAUCAUUUGAUUCUCACCAAGAACAAAAUUAUAUUUUAAAACUUUUACAAAUUAUUAAACCUAAUACGUUUCAUCAAAUGUUAGCUACAAUGUUGCUGGAAAGAAAAUUAAUACUUCUUAGCAAGUCAAUAAGUUUGUUAUCAAGUUGCAUUGAAGGACUAACAUCUUCUUUAUAUCCUUUUACUUGGCAACAUACUCUUGUAUUAGUUCUGCCAUCUCAGAUGGUAUCCAUAGCUGAUUUCAUUCAAGCACCAACACCUUAUAUCAUUGGUUUGUUGAAAACUGAAAAUCAAUCUGAAAUAUUUUCACAAUUAAGUGAAACUGAUCAAGUCUUUAUUUUUGAUUUGGAUACUAAUAAAACAUUGCGCAAAAUAAAAGAUGAACACAAUGUUAUACCAUCAAGAAUUGCAAAAGGUUUAAAAAAUGUAAUUGGAUUAAAUGUAGAGUUUGAUGAUCAAUCAACCAAAGCAGUUAUAGCUACAGAAUCUUUAAUGCGGUUAUUUGUUGAACUGGUUGGUCAUUAUAGAAGAUUCAUUAUUCCUAAUUCUGAAAACAAACAUAGUCACUUUCAGAAACAACAUUUCAUCAAUGCUGGUAUUAACACUGCUCAUCGAAAUUUCUUAGAAUGGUUUACAGAAACAGCUAUGUUUACAACUUUCCUGAAUGACAAAUUACACAAUAACAUUGACAGUAAAGAUGUAUUUGAUUGUCGGUGUGAAGAAUUUGCUCUUGAACUUAGUAAAGUAAAACGUAAAUCAAAAACCCUACAAUCUAUGAAAGCUUUAGGUGAUCGGAUAAAAGACUGGGCAGUCUCAUAA